CCCGAACUUCGAGUCUCUCGCUUUUCCCAGCUAAUACUUGAAACUUGCAUAAGAAGCUUGAGAUAGCGUACCCCGAGUUUCUCGCCUACUCUUUCCACGCCAAGGGAGACUUCACUUGUCGUCGCGCGCCCAGUGCUAAACUUGGAGGGAUUGCUUUCGGCACUGCUUCCGCGGGAGAUGGGGGACUCGCCAAGCUCACUUUUCCCGAUCUUCGAGACCCUCAACGGUGUCUUACCUGAUCCGCUCCUACUCAUUGCUGGGCGAUCGCGCAGUGAUCGCCGUGUGCUGAGACUCGACCAAAAUCCCCCUUCUUCCGCUCAUCCGUCCCGAGACAAAAUGAAUCCUGAAACUAUAAGAAGGCUGGGAACUCCAGCCUCUGAACCAUUGCACCUUGCAACCUUUUUCACUGCUCUCUCAGCUUUCUGCUUUGAACUUCGUCGCAUUCACAACCUUAUUCUCACUUGAACAAUGUUUUUCACAACCCCCUUCGCAUCUGCUCUCGUGAUGAUGCUCACUGGAGUCAACGGUCUGCCCAAACCCUUCAAUAGCGACCUUGCGGCCCGCGGCGCUUGCAACUCUGGCCUGUAUCAGUACAACAGCACGACUUGCAUGCCUUGCCCAGCAGGAAACACUUGCGACGGCACAAAUGACCCUCAGCCUUGCGACUACGGCACGUUCCAGCCCAGCACCGGCCAAACAAGCUGCCAGACGACGACGCCAGGCAACUACCAGCCGAAUCGAGGCUCGUCUUCACAAAUUCCUUGCCCCGCAGGAAGCUAUCAGCCCUACGCCCAACAAUCUUUCUGCUACGGCGCACCGAAGGGACGAUUCCAGAGCCAACCCGGGAAAGCAUUCGUAUGUGGAAGCUGCUGUGGAUGGGCGGCACCGAUGCCGAACAACAACGUCAACGCGGUCCAAUGCACGGCCCCGACGCCCAACUCUUGGCCCUCUUCUGGUGAUGGAUGUAUCAGCAGCCAGACUUCCUGCACUCGGGCAGCCACUUGUUCCCAAGCUGCAGACGGUUCUUGCCCUAUUGGAUCGGAAACUAUCCGGGGUUAAUUGCUGUCGUGCCUCUGCUCUAUAUUAUAUCAUAUUUUAAUGCGUUAAUGCCUCUCAUGACCUUAUGACCAUAUAUCCAUUGUUUCAAACCACUUCUUUGUUUGGCUGCCUCGUGAAGGGA